UAAAUCUUCCAGCUGGGACGCUGCAGGGCGGGCCGGACUGAAAGCCAGAAUGUUCUAGAGGGAGCAGCGCCACCGCGAGGCCAGCUGCGGUGGAGGCGGCCGGAAGCCCGCCAGCCCAUCAGCCCACCACGUCCUGGAGCCGGGCCUUGCACUCAUCUACGAGGCUACAGUGACUACCGAAUCCAGGGCAAAGUCACAGACUCAGGGCUCCGCAAACGCUCUUUGAGCGAAUAAAGACGCCCCAGCAAGUGACUGUUCACUAUUCCCCACACCCGGUUUGGAUUACCACCCUCAUUCUGGGCGGGCCCUAGAGGGGCGCAAGCGCACUGCGUUGGGAGUCUCGGGACCCUUUUCCGAGAGACUAUGGCGCUCAACAAGAAUCACUCGGAGGGCGGCGGAGUGAUCGUCAACAACACCGAGAGCAUCCUGAUGACUUAUGAUCAUGUGGAACUUACAUUCAGUGACAUGAAGAACGUGCCCGAGGCCUUCAAAGGGACCAAGAAAGGCACCGUCUACCUUACCCCGUACCGGGUCAUCUUUCUGUCCAAAGGCAAGGAUGCCAUGCAGUCCUUCAUGAUGCCGUUUUAUCUGAUGAAGGACUGUGAGAUCAAGCAGCCCGUGUUUGGAGCAAAUUACAUCAAAGGAACGGUGCAGGCUGAAGCAGGAGGUGGCUGGGAAGGCUCUGCGUCAUACAAGUUGACCUUUACGGCAGGGGGCGCCAUCGAGUUUGGACAGCGGAUGCUACAGGUGGUAUCUCAAGCCUCCCGAGGCGAAGCCCCCAAUGGAGCCUAUGGGUAUUCUCACAUGCCCAGCGGGGCCUAUGUCUUUCCCCCGCCCGUCGCCAAUGGAAUGUACCCCUGCCCUCCUGGCUACCCCUAUCCACCGCCCCCACCUGAGUUCUAUCCAGGACCUCCCAUGAUGGACGGGGCCAUGGGAUAUGUGCAGCCUCCACCACCACCCUAUCCUGGGCCCAUGGAACCUCCAGUCAGCGGCCCUGAUGUCCCCUCCACUCCUGCAGCUAGCCCUGGGCUCUGCCGCAGGGAAGGUCUCCCUCUGUCGUCUCGUCAAGCACAACCAGAAGCUGAAGCCAAGGCUGCAGAAGCAGCGGCCAGCGCCUAUUACAACCCGGGCAACCCACACAACGUCUACAUGCCCACGAACCAGCCUCCGCCACCUCCUUACUACCCCCCAGAAGAUAAGAAGACCCAGUAGACCCCUCCUGCCCCUGCCUCCCAUCCCUUGUCACUCUUCCCUUCCCUUCCCCUUGGGGCUGAGGCUGGGGCUAGGGGGGUGACGGAAGGGCCUUGUUCUUCCUCCAGGUCUGAUUGUAAAACACUUAGCAGGGACUGGUGUUGAGGGAAGGGGGGGCCCCCUUGACUUGGGAGCUGUGCCUCCCCGCUUCUCAAGCUAGCUCGGAGCCCACGGCGCCGCUUGGAUGCGCUUCCCUCUCACCGUGUCUGGGGCUCUGCUCAGGAGCGUGGGCAUCCAUCUCGCUCCUGUCUUGCUCUAGUAGCUUCAUGCCCAUGGAAGGAUUCUGGCCACCUCCUCUACCGCAGUCCAGCUCCCUCGUUUUGGAAUCCAAUUUAUAUUCAGCCUUGUGACCUCCCUCAGACCAGCCUCGCGUCUUCCCGAGGGCCCCCACCGGGCCCCCCUCACGUUCCCUCCGCUCUGGUCUCUGCCUCCCCAUGGAAGGCCACCUUCUCACCGGACGGUCAGCCCACAUUCCAAUCCCAGCCAGCCUCCAGCCAGGUCACGCUCACCUUCACCUCGCUGUCCUCUCCUUGGUCACCUGUUGCCACCACUUUGACUUUUGG